GAGCUAGGAGUGUUUUCUUCUCCUCAAUACACCGAAGAAGAAAUAAACUUUGCACGGCGUUGACUGUGCUGCUAAUAUUUUACGCAUUAAAUAAGCAUUUCUGUGGGGUAAAUUCGGUCUUUAAAAAACUAUGGACGUUGGUGAGCUGCUGAAUUAUCAGCCCGAGCGGGGAGGCAAGAGGCCGAGGGAGGAGAGCGGCUCCGAGGAGUCUCGGGUGAAGAAGAGCAGGGAGCCUCCGAGACCCGCGGCGCCGAUCCCGGAACCCGAGCCGGAAGAUCCGGAGAACAGAGAGAGGAUCCUGGAGAAGCUCAUGGACCAGGAUGAGGUGGACCCUGAGGGUGAGCCGGUGGACGAGAGCAUGGUGAAGAAAAUGAUCCUGACCUUCGAGAAGAGGUCGUACAAAAACCAGGAGCUCAGGAUUAAAUUCCCAGACAAUCCAGAGAAGUUCAUGGAGUCUGAGCUGGACCUGAAUGACAUCAUCCAGGAGAUGCACGUGAUCACCACCAUCCCUGAGCUGUAUCACCUGCUGGUGGAGCUGAACGCUGUGCAGUCUCUGCUCGGCCUGCUGAGCCACGAAAACACUGAUAUCGCCAUCGCGGUGGUGGACCUGCUGCAGGAGCUCACAGACGUCGAUACGCUCAACGAGAGCGAGGAAGGAGCCGAGGUCCUCAUCGACGCCCUGCUGGAGGGCCAGGUGGUGGCGCUGAUGGUGCAGAACAUGGAGCGGCUGGACGAGACGGUGAAAGAAGAAGCGGAUGGAGUUCACAACACGCUAGCCGUGGUGGAGAACAUGGCCGAGUUCAGACCGGGUCUGUGCACCGAAGCCGCUCAGCAGGGACUCAUGCAGUGGCUCCUCAAGAGGAUUAAGGCUAAGAUGCCUUUCGACGCUAACAAGCUGUACUGCAGUGAGAUCCUGGCCAUCCUCCUCCAGAGCAACGACGGCACCAGGGAGCUUUUGGGCGAGAUGGACGGCAUCGAUGUGCUCUUGCAGCAGCUCUCAGUGUUCAAGAGGCACAACCCGUCCACGCCGGAGGAGCAGGAGAUGAUGGAGAACCUGUUCGACGCUCUCUGCUCCUGUCUCAUGUUGCCAGCCAACCGCGACCGCUUCCUUAAGGGGGAGGGGCUUCAGCUGAUGAACCUCAUGCUCAGGGAGAAGAAGUUGUCUCGCACUAGCGCCCUCAAGGUCCUGGACCACAGCAUGAUCGGCCCCGAGGGCACCGAUAACUGCCACAAGUUUGUUGACAUCCUCGGACUUCGCACCAUUUUCCCGCUGUUCAUGAAGACACCGAAGAAGAUGAGGAAGGCUGGAGUGUCAGACAAGGAGCAUGAAGAGCAUGUGUGCUCCAUCCUGGGGUCCAUGUUGAGGAACCUGAAGGGGCAGCAGAGGAGCCGCCUGCUCAGCAAGUUCACCGAGAACGACUGUGAGAAGGUGGACAGACUGAUGGAGCUGCAUUUUAAGUACCUGGAGGCCGUUCAGCUCGCAGACAGGCGGAUUGAUGGAGAGAAGCACGACAUGGUGCGGCGGGGCGAAAUCCUGGAUGACACUAUGGAGGACGAGUUUUACCUGCGACGUUUAGACGCUGGUCUUUUCGUCCUGCAGCUGAUCUGUUACAUCAUGGUGGAGAUCAGCAGUGCAGGAAUUCCACAGCUGCAGCAGAGAGUACAUCAAAUCCUGAACCUGAGGGGUGGAUCGGUUAAGACGGUGCGGCACAUCAUGAGAGAAUACGCAGAGAGUAUCGGUGACGGCAAGAACGAGGAGUACAGACUGAGCGAGCAGAAACGGAUCAUGGAGCUUCUGGAGGAUUUCUAACUUUCCAAUCGGAUCACGGAUGACAGAUCCGAACACCAAUGACUGCUGUCUGAUUUCUCUGUAAAUAAUGUGUUUGAUAAAUUGAUGUCAUGACUAACGGCUCAAGCAACACGAGCAUCACGUUAAAUGUGAAGGUCAAUACUGAACCGUGUUUCUGUUGCUUCUUUGCUAUAAAGCACAUUUUGUAUACGAGUCAUUUUUAAACUGGACUUGUGAGAACAAGACCAACCGAAAAGAUGUAAUAAAAUUUUUUUUUGCUUU